AAGAUAUUGGUUAUGUUAUUUGCUAUACUUUGACUUACCCAAUUCAAUUCAAUUUUGUUUGUGGACUCUGCCAAAAAGUCUCUUCGUGAUUUUUUAUUUUAAUUUAUUCAAUUCUUAUUAUUUUAUUUUUUCAAUCUUAUAAAUUGGGUUUUUAGUUUGGUGAAUGAUACAUAUCGAUUUCGUAUCUUAGGGUUCUCUUUCUAGCGUUUUUCUUAGCAAAACUUCGAUUUGGGGCUUUUAUUUUUCUUCUAAUUUCUUUGCUAAAGUUUUGAUUUUUCUUCGUUUUGACCAAAUGGGUCACUGAUUCUCGGUUUAGUUUCUUCUGGGUCGUUGAUUUUUCUUCAUUCGCAUAGUUUUUGCUUUUUCCUAAUUCCUGGGGUUCUUAAAGGGAAAAAAGCUAAAACUUUGAUUUUUGGUUUCUUUCUGGGUUGAUUUGUAAUAUUGGGAAGUUGUUUUGGUGUUGAUUUUGGUAAUAGUAGAGUUUUUUGAGGCAUUGAGGGUGAAACAGUAGAGGUUUUGCAGUUGUGAGAAGUGGUGUUACUGUUUUUCAUGCAUAUAUGAUGUUCCAUUUUCAGGGUGUGUCAAGACAUUGUAGUCUUCUUGCUGUUCUUAGUGGUAAAUCACAUGAUAGUAAACAAAAGCAGAAGCAGAAGCAGGAUGAUGAUGCUUCUGAGGAUCAAUUUUCGUCGUACCCGUUUCCGGAACUUUCUUCGUCCGGGCGACUUGAGGUUAAAGUGUUGACUAAACCUACUUUCGAUGAACUUGCUCGAGUUCUAGAACAACUGCAGCCGGAUUUUGUUUACUUGCAAGGUCAGCAGUUAGAUGAUAGUGGAGAAAUCGGGUCUCUUGUGUGGGAAGAUUUUGACCUGUCUACCCCGGAAGCCUUGUGUGGAUUAUUUUCUUCCAAAUUACCUAAUACCGUUUAUUUGGAAACUCCUAAGGGCGAAAAAUUGGCAGAGGCACUACAUUCUAAGGGAGUACCUUACACUAUUUACUGGAAAAAUGAAUUUUCAAAGUCUGCAGCUUCACAUUUUCAUCAAGCUUUUUUCUCAGUGGCACAGAGUACAUCCAGCCAUACAUGGGAUGCUUUCCAACUUGCUCAGUCAUCUUUUAGACUAUACUGUGUGCAAAAUGAGGUCAUACCUCACAACAGUCAGAAGGGCAGCGAUAAGGUUGGACCAAAAAUUCUCGGGGAACCUCCUAACAUUGAAGUUGGUCCAUGUGAAGCAGACACGAAGGAAGAUGAAGAAGAUUCACCUGAGACUAGUUCUUCUAUAAAGAUAUAUGAUGAUGAUGUGAACACGAGAUUUCUUCUUUGUGGAUUUCCCUGCACAGUGGAUGCGUGCUUAUUGGAGUCAUUAGAGGAUGGACUCAAUGCUCUCCUAUGUACUGAAAUACGGGGAUGUAAACUUCAAAAUCGGACAAGUGCUCCACCACCUCCUCUCCAAGCAGCAACAUUCUCACGCGGCGUGGUGACCAUGCGCUGUGAUAUAUCCACGUCUAGUUCUGCUCAUAUAUCACUUUUGGUGUCCGGUAGUGCAGACGCUUGUUUCAAUGAUCAGCUUUUGGAGAAUCAUAUUAAGAAAGAGCUCACCGAGAAUAGUCAACUUGUCCAGGCAAUUCCUAGCCAUGAACAAAAUAAACUACCUUCAUACGAGCCUCGAAGAUCAGCUUCAGUAGCCUGUGGAUCUAGUGUGUUUGAAGUUUGUAUGCGUGUUCCUACAUGGGCUUCACAGGUUCUUAGACAACUUGCACCGAAUGUGUCAUACCGCUGCCUAGUUAUGUUAGGCGUUGCUAGUAUUCAAGGAUUAUCAGUUGCUUCUUUUACUAAAGAUGAUGCAGAACGUCUUCUUUUCUUCUGUAAUCGGCAGGAGAAAGAUAACUGCUCCAAAGAUAUUGUUUUCUCUAGCCAUCCUAGUUGGUUGAUGCCUCCAGCACCUAGUCGAAAAAGAUCCGAACCAGAAUCAUGCUCUAGAGUUAAAUCUAUCAAUGCUAGUGGCGUGAAAGUUGAAGAUAAUGGCAGUGAUAGGCAGAAAUUAAGUUUUGCUGCAAUGAGGCCAAUCCCUCAGUCUCAUCGCCAAAAGCUUCUCCCUUUUUCAGGAUAUUUUGAGGGAGAAAAAUAUGAUGGAGACCGUGGAAAAUCAAAUCAGCCUCUUGUUCCAAUUAAGCACAAUGGUUUAGGUUCUCGUUCAGUUACAAACAGAAAAUCUGUGUCAAACUCGUUUCAAGCUCACCAGAUAAUAUCUUUGAAUCCACUACCAAUGAAAAAACAUGGCUGCGACAGAGCUCCAAUACGAGUUUGCUCAGAGGAGGAAUUCCUGAAGGAUGUAAUGCAAUUUCUGGUUCUUCGAGGGCAUACUCGCCUCAUUCCACAAGGUGGCCUUGCUGAGUUCCCUGAUGCCGUUCUGAAUGCUAAACGUCUGGAUCUUUUUAACUUGUAUAGAGAGGUGGUUUCAAGAGGAGGCUUUCAUGUUGGGAAUGGUAUCAAUUGGAAAGGACAAGUUUUCUCAAAGAUGAGCAAUCACACUCUGACACAUAGAAUGACAGGUGUUGGCAAUACACUCAAAAGACAUUACGAAACUUAUCUUUUAGAAUAUGAAUUAGCUCAUGAUGAUGUAGAUGGCGAAUGCUGCUUAUUGUGUCACAGUAGCGCAGCAGGUGACUGGGUGAACUGUGGUAUGUGUGGUGAGUGGGCUCAUUUUGGUUGUGAUAGGCGGCAAGGACUCGGAGCAUUUAAGGACUACGCGAAAACUGAUGGGCUGGAGUACGUUUGUCCACACUGCAGCAUGUCAAAUUUCAGUAAAAAAUCGCAGAAAACUGCAAAUGGUUAUUAAUAGGUUCAGCAAUGCUGUUUCUUUCCUAGAGCCACUGUACAUGGCUAGUGUUAACAAUUUUUCUUCUGUUUCUGUGCUUGAUCCUCAAUUGGUAAAGGUAGGUUUGUAGGAGUGCAAUUGUUUCAGUCUUGUUAAUUAGUGAUUUGGAAUUUUGACACACUAUGGUCACAAAAAAGAGCCAUAAAAUUUUUCUGGCAUUACUGAUAUAUAUUCUCUUGAGAAAAAAUUACAGGAAAAGAUUUGUAUAUUGAAUGAUUUUCCUUAAACUCAAUUAGUUUACUUCCCAAGAUUCA